CUGCGUGUCUUAAACCUCCAGCUUCCCACUGCCUUGUACCUUGCAUAUUAUAUGUAAUAUACCAAAAGGAUUAGCACGGUAUCGAUUUGGCCAUGGCGUCAUCGCAAAAACCCUUUCGGGUUAUCAUCGUGGGUGGCGGUCUCGUGGCACUCACCGCCGCCCAUAUGUUCUCAAAAGCCGAUAUCGAAUUCGUCAUACUAGAGCAACACGAAAGCUUGUUCCCCGAGAUUGGCUCACUCCUUACCCUGUGGCCGCCGACCUUCCGUAUCCUCGACCAACUGGGCUUGCUAGACGCCGUGAAGCUAGUCAUUGACGACAUCAAUCUGGGCGUUACUAUGUCCGCCGAUGACGGCACUAUCUAUUCAGAAAUGUCACCCAAUACCAUUGUGGAGAAGAACCACGGCUAUGGGGUACGGGUAACGCAUCGGCCACGUUUCGUCGAGGCUCUACACAAUACCCUACCUAAAGACGUGCAAAGUCGUAUCAAAUUGAAUAAACGCGUUGUUAACAUAAAUGUGUCUGACGACGAGGUGAGCGUCGAUUGCGCCGAUGGCACGACCGUAAAGGGUUCGAUCAUCAUCGGCGCAGAUGGUGUUCACAGUAGGACUCGUCAAUGCAUGCAGGCGCUGGCUGAGGGCAAACCACCUCCUGACAAGGCGCAGGCGGCCAAGAGCCCUUACAUCGCUACGUACAGGAUGCUAUUUGCGAAUAUCCCUAUUCCACCUACGUUGGAACAAGGUAUCAAUUAUGAAUGCUCAGCGGAGCGUGUAUCGACACAGUUGGUCACCGGCAAGAACCAAGCAUGGCUUGGAGUGUAUGAGGCUCUCGAGAAGCCUACAUCCGAGCGCAUUCGGUACACCGACAAAGACAAGGAGGACGUCGUCGAAAGAUACGGGCAUCUCUACGUCGCCCCCGGCUGCAGGGUCUGCGAUGUCUACCCUACGCGUACCGGAAACGUGGGACUGAUCAACCUCGAGGAAGGCCGAAUAGAUAAGUGGAGUUGGAAUCGUAUCGUACUCGUUAGUGACGCCGUGCGAAAACUGGAGCCACACGCCGGUCUAGGGUAUAACAGCGGCCUCGCUGACAUGGUCGUCCUUGUGAACAAGCUUCGAAACUUGCUCAGGACCCAAGCUUCGCCUACCACGAAGGAACUCGAGGCGGCAUUUGCCGAUUACCAGAAGGUGCGGCUGAGAGACGAGUCGACAGUUCACACCAUAUCUAUACGGCGUGCUCGGCAGACGGCGUGGCUCACGCCGUUCAACAGGAUCAUGUGCAAAUAUAUCGCGCCGUGGACUCAUUUCACAUAUAUCGGCUUGGUUUACAUCUGGGGGCCUGUCGUUUCUCGAGUCCCCGUCUUAGAAUGGUUGGAGGAAAAGUCAUUGACUAAGACAUUCCAGGUUCCGUAUAAGUAUUAUCCACUUAUGGACGAAUCUAGGAACUCGUUUUCGACGGGCAAUGAGUCUUAUCGUCGGUCGAUCUACACUGGAGCCGCUGCAGUGGCUGCCCUGGCCGCAGUAGGGUUUCAAUAUUACAGAAGAAUCUACUAACGAAGGAUCGCGAGUUCAAACAAAAGCAUAACGGCAAGGGUGGCGAUCUGUUCAUUCAGCAUGCAUAUUUACGAAGAUACAUAGAAUGCAUGUCGGAGUCAACUGCUUAGAUUCAUGACAAGACCUCCUUUUUCAGAGAACUCCGACCUAAAAGUUUACGGGUUUUAGCAACAAUAUCUU